UUUCUUUAAUUGUAGGUGAAAUGUCGAUCAUGAAGAUGAGAUGAGAAUAACACAACCUCUGCCAGUGGACAUGUUUUUCCAGGUGAAGACCGAGCCUCCAUCCCCGUCCUCGUCUCUGACCUCUGACAGCUCUAUCCCGUCUCUACCUGAAGCUCAGGUGAUGAAGAGUGAGAAUCCUCCCACUCCACCGUACAUGUGUGGAGACGUGCUGUCGCCGCCGCUAGCCAGCGUAGAGGUCACCGUAACCACAGCCUCACUGAAGGCCUCCAGCAUUCUCAGCAGCAAACCUCUGCUCCAGCCCAAACCCGUGUGUGUGUCGAGCGCGAGCCCAGCCAAAGCCCUGAUCCUGCAGAGCCUUCCUGUUCCCGUUCCCGUUCCUGUUCCUCCCGCCGACCAGAGCACGCCUGUGGUUCUGUCUCAGUCCGUGUGUCUGGGUUCUGCUCCCGCUGUCGUGAAGAUGGAGCCGCUUUCUCCCAGCAUGCCUCACUGCAGGAGCCCGUUAGCCCCGCCCCCGAGCAAACCCAUCAUCCCUGCACCCGGCCCCCCCUCCAGCUGCGGAGACAUUGACAUGAAGGUUCUGAAGCGGCAGCAGCGCAUGAUCAAGAACCGCGAGUCGGCCUGUCAGAGCCGGAAGAAGAAGAAGGAGUACCUGCAGAACCUGGAGGCCCAGCUGAGAGAAGCUCACCAGGAGAACCAGCGCCUGCGCAGAGAGAACCAGGAGCUGCGGCUGAGACUCGCCGGGAGAGAGGCCACAGAAUCCGGCAGCAAUAAGAGAGCGGUGUGUGUGAUGGCUCUGUUCCUCUUCGUCACCUUCACCUUCGGCCCCGUCAGUCUGCGAGAGCGUUCGCUGGAGGAAGAAGCCGUUCCUCUGACCGGUCGACACUUGCUGGAGUUCCAGAGUUCUCAGGAGUCGAUCGGGAACACCGAGCGAGAGGAGGAGCUGGAGAAGGAGAGUGUGCUCUCGUACCCGUUCAGGAAUGAAAGCGAUGUGUUCAGUGUUCUGCAGGACAUCGACCGGUACUUCUCCUCUCCGGACUGCAGACAGUUCAACCGAUCCGAGUCCCUCAGGCUGGCGGAUGAGCUGCGCGGAUGGGUGAACCGACACCAGAAUAACCGGAAGUCUGAUGGGAAGACCAAAGCAGUGAAGAAGACUAAAAUAGCUCAGCAGAAAGCUCAGCACAGAAAGACUAACUUCUCCAGGUACCUUCCAAUCCAGGCUCAUCGGUCCAUCGAAAGUCAGCUGCAGGUUCUGCCGGGGCCGGAGAUCAGUUACAGCGACUUCAUGGAUGCCAUCGACCGCCGCGAGGACACCUUCUACGUCGUGUCCUUCAGACGGGAUCACCUGCUGUUACCCGCCAUCAGCCACAAUAAAACCUCUCGACCCAAGAUGUCUCUGGUCAUGCCUGCCAUGGCCAUCAACGAUUCGGUGUAUAACUCGUCAAAGGGCGGCUAUGAGAUGAUGAUGCAGGUGGACUGUGAGGUGAUGGACACCAGGAUCAUCCCAAUCAAGUCCUCUGUAGUCCCGCCCUCUCUCAGAGACCCACCCCCGGCCCCGCCCCCUCACCACCAUCACCACGGCAACCACACGUCUCUCCGCAGCCGCACCCAGCAACCUCACGGCAGGCGGAGGGGAUCGGGAUACUUGAUCAGCGGAUCCGUGUGAGACUCGGCGUUCCCACAUCAGACUCGACGUUCCCGCGUCAGACUCGGCGUUCCCUCAUCAGA